GCGACUUGAUUACGCGAGGGAGCGCGGCGCGAGUGAGAAGGCACUGACUGGCCCGGCGCGGCGUCUGCGGACCGGCCAAACCACCAGUAUCCUAAAGGUCGUUGGCGGGGCACAACCUCACGCGGUAUCGAACGCCGUCUUGCAAAAAAAAAACAUUUACCGACCUUUUUUGGCGCGCAAAUUAUAAGAAUGUCCGCCACGGAAGAACUAAGUGGAAUUCUCACAAGGAGGCAGGAGAUCAAUGAUAAACUCGAAGAGGGGCUCGAAGUUAAACCUAAAUAUAAAUUUGUUAACGUUUAUACGGAAUUUCACGAGUUCUCCAGGAAGGAAAUAAAACAAUACGAGGAGACCUUUAACAAAUUCGACGAGGGUCGCGAUGGGUUCCUCGACUUGACCGAGGUGAAGCGCAUGAUGGAGCGCCUGGGAGCCCCGCAGACCCACCUUGGUCUAAAGGCAAUGAUUUCGGAAGUUGACGAGGAUGGCGAUAACAAAAUCAGCUUCAGAGAAUUCUUACUUAUUUAUAGAAAAGCGAGAGCCGGAGAGCUCGAGUCAGAUUCCGGCCUGGAAGCACUUGCCAGACUAACUGAAAUCAACGUGGAUCAAGUAGGAGUGAACGGCGCAAAGAACUUCUUCGAAGCCAAAAUCGAGGAGCUCGCGAAAUCCAACAAGUUCCAUAACGAGAUCAUACAAGAGCAGGAGGAAAAGCGUCGCGAAGCCGAGGAGAAAGCCCUUCGAAGGAAGAUGUUCAAAGAAAAGGCGGCUCUAUUUCAACACUGAUAGAGAGCAAAGUUAAGAAGUUGUUUGUAUAUUCUAGUCUAUAAGCUGUUACCAUGGCUUAGGGAAGAUCACAAUAAACGUACUACUAUUAUGCUAAGGUCAUCAAUAAGCAUUUCUUGUAAUGUGAUUGUUAUGUUAUGCUGGAAGUUUAUGAUAUGUAUCAUUUUUGGGAUACUUACUUAUGUGGUAGUCAUGCAAAGUUUUAUUUAUAUUUAGGUAAGUACAGUCGCUACCAAGUGAACCUGUCACAAAAUGACGAAUUUCGAUAAUGAUUUUCAAUUUAGUCUUUACCAUGAAGGUUCCAAUUUUAUUUAGAUAUUGACAUUUUUAUAGAAACAAGUCUACCAAUAUAAACAAUAUUACUUCAAAUUACGAAAAAAUAGAAAAAAACCUCAUUACACCCCCAUUUGCAUUAUUGUUUAAGCAAAUUAAAGUUAGCAAAACCAACAAGCCUUAUAAUUUAAGUUUGGCUAUUGAGGACACCUACUAAAAAGAUAGUUUGAGACGAUAGCAUAGCUUAGUAAAUACUCGUAGUAUGCAUGGAAUCUUGGAGUAGUUAGGUGAUAUAAUUUUGCAUCAAAAAUGCAUGCAGAGUGCAUGCUGGUGACUGUACUAAUAUUCUGUAUCUUAUAGGAAAUGAAGCAAUUGAAUUUAAGGACUAUGUUAAAAAUAAUAUUGCUAUUGAUAUUGUUAAAUACAAUUGUUUAAUUAAAAUCUUAAAUUAUAUAUAUUUACAAGGUACCUAAUAUUAUAAGGCAAUAUAAGUUAUUGUUAAUUAUCACAAAUAAUGGGCCAUAAAUGAAAUUGUAGGUCUAAUCUAGUUAAUUGAUGUUAUUAACAAUGUUGCUUAUGUGUAACUUACCUAACUCACUUGUUAAUAUUGUUAAAGUAAUGAUUUCUUUGUGUUGAGAAAUGAUAAAUUAAAAACCAUGUUACAGAAACAAUACUUUUCCUUUUAAAUGAUAUAUUUUACCAACUUUGCAUUGCUUUUGAACAAAUGAAGUUUUAGAGUGAUGAUAAAGAAUUAUGUGUACUAUGCCAAUUAAUUAGGUAAUAUUAACA